CUCUGUGCUUCCUCAAAACGACCAAUUACGGCGCAACAGAAAGCGUGUUGUCAACGAGAGCGUAUCAUUUAGCUUGCGCGCCCGGCCUUACUGCUUCCUGCGACCCCGAUUUCCAAAGUAACCAUGGCAGAUUCGCAUCCGGGCUCAGGUUCGGUGAUCCUCCAAACAUCUCAAGGCUCAAUCCACUUAGAGCUGUAUUGGCAACAUGCUCCGAAGACUUGCAAUAAUUUUUUCCAGCUGGCUCGAAGAGGGUAUUACAACGGUGUGUCGUUCCACCGUAUUAUUGAUGGGUUCAUGAUACAAGGAGGAGAUCCUACAGGGACAGGGCGAGGAGGCAGCUCGAUUUACGGUUCCAAGUUUCAAGAUGAAAUAUCUCCCGAGCUACGGUUCGUCGGAGCUGGAAUUCUGGCGAUGGCCAACAGCGGUCCAAAUACGAACGGGAGUCAAUUCUUCAUUUCAUUAGCACCGACGCCGCAUCUAGACCGCAAGCAUACCAUCUUUGGGAGAGUAAAAGAUGGGAUGCGCGUAGUACAAAGGAUGGGGCUUGUCGCCGUGGACGCUGAUGAUCGGUAAGUGUUUGCCAAAUAUCAGUCUCAAGUCACAAUGACAGUCUCAAUCCUGAUUCUGCGAAUCGCAGGCCGCGAGAAGAGGUCAAGAUCAUACGAGCGACCGCUGUAUCAGACGAAUAAACUGCUC